UCUGGUCAGUGCUUGGAUGGGUGACCAGCUGGAAGGGUGGCCAUCUGGAAACCUCAUGUAUGCCAUCUUGAGCUCCAUGAUGGAAGAAAAGCAGGAUAUAAAUGUAAUAAAUAUCAUGAAGGUGGUCCGGAUCAUUUGGAGAAAAAUGGUAGCACAGGAAGCAUCUUUAUGAUCUGAUCAUCCUGUGUGAUGCCAGCCUCCGUACCUUACCAGUAUGGCAUAGGAGUCAGCCAUUGGUGAGAAGCUUUAGGUUGGUAACCUCACGUAUGCAAGUAGCCUAUCCAUCAUAGGGAGAACCAUUAAAAUUGGAAAUAGAAGUUUGGGAUGAGGGGUUAAGAUAAUAUAGUAUUUAGAAGCUGUGUUUGUGCAAGGAUGAUGGAGAUUUCUGAUACAGGCAAUCAAUACUGUAUUAUUCACCGUAGUGUCUCGUCAACCCAACCUUGGGCUCCAGCGCUGUUUUAAGCCCAGGAACAAGCUGUUAGCAAAGAGAGGCAUUCUGUCCCAAAGACUUCACAUAGAAUGACACUGUUAGCAACCAAUCGAUUCUAAAUUAGUAAAUAUACUACCCAUAAUACUAAAUUAUGGGUACCCCAGGGGUUCUCCAGCUUCAGUCCCCAGAUGAUGGGAGAGUUGUACUCCAACAAUUUCUAGGGACCAUUAAAUUAUGAUAAAUUAUCCCAUUACAUAGAAGUGAAGGGGAGAGUUAUUUAUUUUUAAAUAGGCCAUUUGUAGGAGCAUUUUGUGUGAUGAGGAUUUGAAUUAUUCGUACAUAUGAAGGUAGUGCUGAGGAUCAAGAACACUAAGAGACAUCUUGGUGCACUGAGAUGUGGAGAGGUGGAUAGAUCAAAGGGCCAAAUAUGUGAAGGAAAGUUGGGUGGAGGACAUAGAAUCCAGUGAGGACCUCCGGUUAAAAGAUUGUCUUUGUAUAGGAAGGAGUAGCCACCUAAAGGAGCAGUGGGGAAAUGGCUUGACUAGCAAGCCAGAGGUUUCCGGUUCGAAUCCCUGCUGGUAUGUUUCCCAGACUAUGGGAAACACCUAUAUUGGUGUUUCCUGGUAAAUCCCUGCUGGUGUGUUUCCCAGACUAUGGGAAACACCUAUAUUGGGCAGCAGUGAUAUAGGAAGAUGCUGAAAGGCAUCAUCUCAUGCUGCAUGGGAGAUGGCAAUGGUCAGCCCCUCCUGUAUUCUACCAAAGACAACCAGAGAGCUCUGUGGUCGCCAGGUGUCGACACCGACUCGACGGCACACUUUAACUUUAGGGCCUGAAUAGUUUGAGUUAGGGCAGGUGCUCUCAAUCUUGAGUUUCCAGAUACCAGAUUACAACAUCUAGGGACACAAAAUUGAGAAUCCCAGGGGUAGGGAAUUCUGCUUUUAAUAGUGUGGGCGCUGGGCGGAGGAAUGUCAAAAGAUGAGACUUGUCAUGGCAGAAUGCUUCAGGAAUUCCCUUUCCUACACAGUUAUUAUAGGUGGAGGACGGGCCUUGUAUCCAGGGAGGCACAUAAAACAUAGUUUUGUCUUGCAUUUAGGCCAUGACAUCUUUGUAGAAAGAGUAACUGGGGGCCUCUUUGUGGGGAUGACGGCUGAUAUAGGAGAAGGAAAGGCCUUGCUGUGAAAUAAUCUUUUCGUGAAAAGGGCUUGCCACAAGACAGUAAACUUGCAUAUGUGUUGCUAAUGGGCAAGGAUGGGUAGAAAAGCCCCUUUAAUAAUUAGCAUUAAGGGGAGUGAGAAUACAGCCACCCCACAUACUGGGAGGAUAUGCAUGCCAGGGUAGGGUUCUGAGCAUUUACAGAUGGCCAGAUACUGUCACUAGGAGAAGGUAGGGUGCUGAUUAGAAACAUCUCAUCCUCUUGGGGAGCAGAGGGGGGGAAGCCUGCUUAGCAGUCACCCUCUUGCUCCUGUGGCCGAGUCUCCUUUGUGCAGCAAUAAGGAGAUCCUGUGAGGAUUUUUUUUUUAUUGCAGUCUCUCUUUGUUAGCUACAGACACACACACACACACACACACAGAGCUUUUCAGCCAGGUUCUGGGAGGUAAGUUGGGGAGGAAAAAGGAAAGGGGAAUGUUUGUGUGUGGAAUGCAGUUGUGAGGAGGGGUGUCUGUGUGUGUGUGUGUGUGUGUGUGUGUGUGAGGGGGCUGUGACUGAAAAACGGGGGACAAGACAGAAAUUGCCCUCACAUCCGAGCAGAAAACAACCGAGCCCCUCUGAUUUUCAGGGACUUGUUGGCAACUCAGCGAGGGUUGCCAUAGCUUUUUAUGUAGGGUGACCAGAACCGGCUGAAACUGGUUUGAGGCAGAUCAGCUCCUGAACACAAUGCAGUCACUGAGCUACUACAGUGGGAUAGCUUCCUCCCUUCAUGGCAGCCAAAAGCAGAGGAUCUUGCAGAAAGAUACCAUCCCCUAACAAUAUGUGAAUGCACACUUUAGACACACAGCACUGGCCUAUUGAUUGGGGCUGCCUUUAACCCUUUCAGGUUUGCAGUGGUUAUGCAUCUGUGGCUUAUAGCUGAUCCUUGGCAUUAAAAAAAAAUUGUCACAGGUCAAGGUACACAAGAUUUGCUUCUAAACAAUUGAUUGUGACCAUGGGAGAUAUGAAGACCCCAGACUUUGACGACCUUCUUGCGGCAUUUGACAUCCCAGAUAUGGUUGACCCUAAAGCUGCUAUUGAGUCUGGACAUGAUGACCAUGAAAGCCACAUAAAACAGAAUGUACAUCCUGAUGAUGAUUCCCAUGCACCUUCAUCGUCUGAUGUUGGCGUUAGUGUCAUUGUGAAAAAUGUGCGGACGAUUGAUUCCUCCGAGGGAGCAGAAAAGGAUGGCCACCAUUCCACAGGCAAUGGUUUGCAUAAUGGUUUUCUAACUGUAUCGGCUCUAGAGGGUUAUAAUAAAGAGGAAGGUAAAUCUCUCAAGGAUGAGGGUUUAGUUUCAGAGACUACACUCAAAGAGUCUGCUUUCAAUCAAUUUAGCCCUAUCUCAAGUGCUGAAGAAUUUGAUGAUGAUGAAAAAAUUGAGGUGGAUGAUCCUCCGGACAAAGAAGAGAUGCGUGGAAACUUCAGAGCAAAUGUGUUAACGGGGUCUGUCUCCCAAGAGGAAUAUGAAAAGCUAAAGGUACUUGGAGGAGAAAACCUGAUUAAACCUGGAGUUGCAGGUUCUGGUAAUGUGGAUAAAAACAAAGCUGCUAAAAGAGACUCUGAAACAAACUCAACAUCUUUAGGUAUCUAUGAACCUUUAAAAGCAAGAAAACUAGAUGAUAAGAUGCUUAAGGAAAAUCCUGAAAAACGACUUGAAAACAAGGUACUUGAUGGAAAAAUAGGAAAUGAAAAAGGGGAAACAAACCUUGCCAGCAUUUCACAGUCUAAAGCAAAAUCAUCAGCAAAACUCUCCUCCUGUAUUGCUGCAAUUGCUGCACUCAGUGCUAAAAAAGCAGCAACGGACACAGGUAAAGAUCCACAGUCUAAUUCAAGAGAAUCUUCUCCAUUGCCGAAAGAUAUGAAUGAAAGUCCGAGGGCUCUUGACAAAUCACCUGAACCUCAGAGUCUCAUUGAUUGUGCUAAAAAAACCUCUGUUAAGCAACCUGAUAGUCCCAGGAGUGUAUCAAGUGAAAACAGCAGCAAAGGGUCUCCACCAUCUCCAGCAGGUUCUACACCAGCAAUUCCAAAAGUCCGCAUAAAAACCAUCAAGACGUCAUCUGGUGAAAUUAAGAGAACCGUUACAAGAGUGUUGCCAGAAGUUGAUUUGGACAACGGUAGGAAACCAGAGCAAACAGCUUCCAUGGUGGCUUCCAUGACUUCACUGCUCACCUCCCCGACUUCUGCUGCGGUUCUUUCUUCUCCCCCUAGGGCACCUCUUCAGUCAACGGUUGUCACCAAUGCUGUUGCUUCUGCAGAACUCGCUCCAAAACAGGUCACGAUUAAGCCUGUUGCAACUGCAUUUCUUCCAGUAUCUGCCGUUAAGACAGCAGGAUCACAGGUUAUCAAUCUAAAGCUUGCUAACAACACUACAGUGAAAGCUACAGUAAUAUCUGCUGCUUCGGUGCAGAGUGCCAGCAGUGCCAUUAUCAAAGCUGCCAACGCUAUACAGCAGCAGACUGUUGUGGUGCCAGCAUCAAGCCUUGCCAGUGCAAAACUCGUGCCAAAGACAGUCCAUCUUGCCAACCUUAAUCUACUGCCUCAAAGUGCUCAGGCCACCUCUGAACUCCGCCAAGUGCUCACAAAACCUCAGCAGCAGAUCAAGCAGGCAAUAAUUUCUGCAGCAACUUCACAGCCUUCGAAAAAAGUAUCUCGCGUCCAGGUGGUGUCAUCCUUGCAGAGUUCGGUGGUUGAAGCUUUCAACAAGGUGCUCAGCAGUGUUAACCCAGUCCCAGUUUACAUCCCGAACCUCUGCCCUCCCGCCAACGCGGGCAUCACGUUGCCCGCACGUGGCUACAAGUGUUUGGAGUGUGGCGAUUCAUUUGCGCUGGAAAAAAGCUUGACUCAACACUAUGAUCGGCGGAGUGUGCGGAUUGAGGUCACCUGCAACCACUGUACAAAAAAUCUUGUUUUCUACAACAAAUGCAGCCUCCUUUCACAUGCUCGUGGACACAAGGAAAAGGGGGUUGUAAUGCAGUGUUCCCAUUUAAUUUUGAAACCAGUUCCCACAGAUCAAAUGAUAGCUUCUCCUACAAGCAAUACUCUUGUUACGUCGUCUGUUCUUCAGAGCGCCAUUGGAGUGGGCACCCAUACUGUAACAAAGAUACAAUCUGGCAUAACUGGGACAGUCAUAUCAGCUCCAGCAAGUACUCCUGUUCCUCCAGCGAUGCCUCUAGAUGAAGACUCUUCAAAACUGUGCAGGCAUAGCCUGAAGUGUUUGGAGUGUAAUGAAGUUUUCCAAGAUGAGACAUCUCUAGCGACACACUUCCAGCAAGCUGCAGACUCAAGUGGACAAAAGACGUGCAGCAUAUGCCAGAUGCUGCUUCCAAACUUGUGCAGUUUUGCAUCGCACCAGAGAAUUCAUCAGCAUAAAUCUCCAUACACGUGUCCUGAAUGUGGCGCAAUCUGCCGAUCGGUCCAUUUCCAGACCCAUGUCACCAAGAACUGCCUACACUACACACGGAGAGUUGGAUUCCGCUGUGUCCACUGCAAUGUGGUCUACUCUGAUGUGGCGGCACUCAAGUCUCACAUUCAGGGCUCUCACUGUGAAGUCUUCUACAAGUGUCCCAUUUGUCCGAUGGCCUUCAAAUCGGCUCCCAGCACACAUUCCCACGCCUAUACACAGCACCCUGGCAUCAAGAUAGGGGAACCUAAAAUAAUAUACAAAUGUUCCAUGUGCGACACAGUGUUUACCCUGCAGCCUUUGCUGUAUCGCCACUUUGACCAACACAUCGAAAACCAGAAGGUGUCUGUUUUUAAGUGUCCAGACUGUUCUCUUUUGUAUGCACAGAAGCAACUCAUGAUGGAUCAUAUCAAGUCUAUGCACGGGACACUGAAAAGCGUCGAGGGGCCUCCAAACCUGGGUAUCAGCCUGCCACUGAGCACAAAACCCACCACACAGAACUCGGUCAGCCACAACAAAGAAGAUCCCAAAUCUGUCAACGGAACUGAAAAGACAGAGAAGAAAUCCCCCUCCCCUGUGAAGAAAGCAGAUCCCAAAAAAGUACCAAAUCCAGGCUGGACGUGUUGGGACUGUGAUCGGCUGUUUACUCAAAGAGAUGUUUACAUAUCCCACAUGAGGAAAGAACACGGAAAGCAAAUGAAGAAGCAUCCUUGUCGGCAAUGUGACAAAUCUUUCAGUUCGUCACACAGCCUUUGCCGCCACAACCGUAUCAAGCACAAAGGCAUUAGGAAAGUGUAUACUUGCUCGCACUGCCCAGAUUCAAGGCGUACUUUUACCAAGCGAUUGAUGCUAGAAAAACACAUUCAAUUGAUGCAUGGCAUUAAGGAGCCUGAUGUGAAAGAGAUGACAGAAUCAACCAACAUAAGACAAAGUGAAGUCAAAGAAGAUGCCAAGGUUCCCAGUCCGAAACGUAAGUUGGAGGAACCUGUGCUGGAAUUCCGGCCCCCACGAGGCGCCAUAACGCAGCCGCUGAAGAAAUUGAAGAUCAACGUUUUCAAAGUCCACAAAUGCGCCGUCUGCGGCUUCACAACAGAGAACCUUCUUCAGUUCCACGAACAUAUCCCCCAGCACAAAUCAGACGGUUCUUCCUACCAGUGCAGGGAAUGCGGUCUCUGCUAUACCUCCCACGUCUCUCUCUCCAGACACCUCUUCAUUGUGCAUAAGCUGAAGGAACCUCAACCCGUCUCAAAACAGAAUGGAUCAGGGGAAGACAGUCAACAGGAAAACAAGCCCAGCCAGGAGGAGGAAUCAGCUGACAGCACUGCGUCUGACAGGAAGUGCAAAGUUUGUGCAAAGACCUUUGAAACGGAAGCUGCCUUAAAUACCCACAUGAGGACACAUGGGAUGGCCUUCAUUAAAUCCAAACGAAUGAGUUCAGCUGAGAAAUGACUUGCCCCUCCUCCAUAUCUCGUGCAUAUUCCAAAAGUAGGCGGGUGGUGGGGCACGGGAAGCCGCCUCUGCUUCAGAACAUAAAGGACGCCCUUUUUUGGUACAGAACGUUUGCCACACAACAGAGUUAGCAGUUCUGCCCAGGCUGUUGCAAUAGACUCUAUACUUAAAUGUAUCUUCCUCACUUCAUCACCAUAGAGAUAUAUAGAGAUAUAUAGAGAUAUAUAAAUAUAAUCUGACCCCCCCAGCCCCACAAAACAGCAUUAAAUAAAGCAGUAUUUGAGUUGAACAGAGUUUGUAUAUAUUUAAACAAAUGACUUUUAUACUCUUUGUUACAUGUUUUUAUUGAUAUUUCCUGGGAAAUCCUGGGUUUCUUUGUUUUUGUUAUGUCUUUUCUAAUAGCAAGUUUGUUUUCAAGCAGAGUUCUUAACUUUGGGGCAGUGCUUUGGAUUCUGUUGAACCGCUUCAUAUGUAGACCCUUUCUGACAUUAUAUGAGCACCACAGGAACUGCUUCUGCGUAUGUCCUUCUCAUACCACACUGAUCCUGUCAGAUGCUCCAAGCUGAGUGGGAGGAGCCCCCACCACACCCCGCCCAGCAUCACCCCUUUCAGGAAUCUGGGUAAUGCCAGCAUGGGAAGAAACACGGUGGGGUGGAGUUACUGGACUCUUGUGUGAUCCAGAGCUUCUGAAAUGGUCAGGCUGGUGUUUGGAGGUCCUAUGCCCUGGUGGCUCCCUUGCAGCUGAGUUUUAAGUCAGAAAGGGGCAUGAGAAAUGUUUUCAGGAGGAAAAUGUGCUUGACAGAACUGCACCAGAAAGCAAGAAUUCAAAAAGAAGAAUGAAAGGCAGCUGGUCAGUGUGUAUUUUGAACAACCAACAGGACUAAUGACCCCAAAUAGUUUUGCAUAUUUGUGCAUUCUUAUGAGCAGAAAGAUUUAGGAUCAUUUUAAGACAAUCUCUUGAAUAAAAAUUCUAGGUGCUUUUUGAAUACCUUCCCUAAUAAGCUAAGAUAUUCUCUUUCCAUGUAUAAAGAUUCUAAACAGCCUGUGUGUGGACAUUAUGUUGCACAAACACAGCAUUGAAACGAAAAGGAGCCAUGCAAAAGUAUUAUUGUUCAUUUGAAUGAAAUUUGUGCAGAAGGGCUUCCCAAUGGAUUGCCUUCACCCCAUGUGUUUUAUCUAUAAACAGAGGCUUUCCUAUAUUGAGGGAUCCAAGCCGUUAAGAAUUUGGGACUGGUUCAGUUUCAUCAGUAUUUUUCAACUCUAUGGUUCCUUUCUGUUUCAGGUACUAACUUUAAAAAGUGAUUAAGAUCUGUAACCGAGUCAGAUGUUUGAACCUACUUAGAUACAUUACAUACAGGUAUCAAACUCUUUUGCUUGCAGUAUAACUUGGAAAAAAUAUUUAUUCUGUUUUAAAGCUGUUUAUUUUUAAUGUUGUGAGAAACAAAAUGUGAACAGUAAGAUUAAAAAAAAGCACAGGAAAAUAACACAUUGGGGUGGUUCAGACAAUGCGCAGAAACUUAGUUAAAACUGGGCUCCAUAGGUUGUCUCUGAGCCGCAGGAGCGGAUGUUGCUCUCCCCUCCCAUCCCUCCGUGAGUGUCUGCUUCUGCUUUAGGUUAAAGUAACCAUGAUCAGUUGUGAUGUCCAACCCCACUGAUCUUGGUUUAUUCUAACAUAUUUACUCCAAAUAAGCCUAUAUCAGUAACUUGCUGAAAAACCUUGGGUACACAUCUUGACUCAUUUCAAAUAAGUAGGCUAGAAUAAACUGAGAUGGGUGGGUUCAGGCAUCAUAACUAAUCUUGGUUUACUUUAAUCUACAUUUGCACUGAGAUGGGAGCGAGGAGUGUAUGCUCCUGAGGCUCAGAGAUGUCAAACCAGAGCCCAGCUUUAACUGAGGUUCUGUGUGGUAGCUGAACUAGCCCAUUCAGGAUGCAAUUGCAAUCUGAGUGCAUGCUUAUUGAAUCACUUCUUUUGAACCAGUUACCAGUUUUUCUGUUUUAGGGACUCAGUUCAGAUUACGGAUGUACAGAACCGGUUCGAUCGCGGUUGCCAAACACCCCUGGUUCAGAUUCAAGCCAAUCAAGAGAUUUUAGGUUCAUGUUUGGUUCUGGUUCACUGAAGAAAAAGAAAAGAAAUCUGAACCAUUUUUUGGCACCUCGUUCUGCUUUGGAUUGACUUCCUGCUUAUAUAGAAUGAUCUUCAAACAGGUAUGGAAGUCUUUCCAGGUAUGAAAAACACAGAAUCCACCUGGGAAUUCUUCUUUGUAAGACAUUAAAAUGUAUAGGAGCUGUGAAAGAGCCCCUGUUCUUUUCAGUGGUUCUAGUGCAGGAGAAUAUCCGAGGAGGAUUAUUCUGCUUGCAUAUUUAAGCAUCACACUCCUUAGCUUCUCCAUUGCACUUUUGAGAGAUGUCAUUGGACUCCAUAUAACAUUUUAAAGCCUGUGUUAAAAUGUGUUUCAGUAUUCGGGUUAGCAUUUUCCCACAAAGUGGGAUUCAGAAUAAUCCUAGCUGCUCUGGAUGAAAACAAAUGUGUGCAAUGCUGUGGAUCAGUUUACAGUUGAGGAGAGAAGAUGGUGUGUCAUAUAAUUUAAACACUACAUUGAAACAUUCAUGGAAUGAAUGCGUUUCAGUUGGACUCAGAAACACUGUGGUCUUAAGACCUGGUUGCUCGCCUAAGAAGGUAUAGAGGUUGAGCCACCGUUUUUGCUAAAGCCAAAUGUCCUGAGGCUUAAGUAAUGAUUAUACAUCACGUUAAUACUGUCAGAAAGUGUGAACAUACCAAUUUGGUUUCAGUUGGCUGGUUAAAUGCACAAUCUCAGUUAGGUACCAUGAUGCACAACCAGGAAUAUCUUCUCCUUGGAGACCACAGUGGUCACCAUAUACCCGUCGGCCUUUGAACUUCGUUCCCAUAGUGAUUCCUGUCAGUUGUGUGAUGGGGAAAAGCAGGGCUGAGCCCAUUUGGAUUGUGAGAACUGGAAGGAUUUAAACUGAGCUCUUGUGUAUUCUGCAGCUUUGUGUUUGCUUUGUACAAAUGUAGAAACUGGUAUUGGAUAGAGAAUCCUGUGUGAUUAAAAUCAUGUGUGUUCACCUAUUUUACAGCAAGUUUCUAGCUCUUCAUGGACUGCAGAGGAUGGUUGUUAAAAUCUUACAGGCCAGAAGACAAUAUGGAUAGGGUUUUCAGUGGCAUGGGAUGGUAGGUUUCAGCAUUGCAUGGCUGUAUUUCCCUUCCCCUGACUAGCAGGAGCAGAAUAAAUUAUGCAAAAUAAGCAAAAAAUAUGUGCAGAUUGGCUUAGUUUGCAUUAUUUAUCCAGGUAGCAGAAUCCAGUUUUUCUUGGCAAAGAGCUUACAUGGUAGAUGUACUGUGUAUGUACCAACUAAGCCAUUGCCUUGGCAAUUUUACCCCUUUGAACAAGUGCCAGUGCCACCAGCCAUUAAUUCAUCUUUGUUGUUCUAGUGUCCUGUUUUAUUCUAGCUAAGACGAGUGAUUGCUUAAAAGGUAUUGAUUUGGAAUCUUGUGAUGAUGUAACAAGGACCCGUCUUCAAGGCUUGUAAUGGCUUGUUUGCAUGCUUAGGAACAGUUAAAGAUUGUGUUGAUUCCAUUGGCCACUAGGGUGUUUCCGUUUCACAUACCCUUCCUUACAGUCUCUUGGUUGCUCUCUGAUUACUGUGCAUGGGAGUAGAAGGACAAUAGCUCAGUAGUAGAGCACAUCCUUUGCAUGCGUAAUAUCCUGGGCUCAACUCUAUCAUUUCCAGCUAGGGUUGAGAAAGCCCAUGUUUGAAAACUUGGGGAGCCCCAGGGAAUCUCAAGCUUGUGUCCCCAGAUGUUGGACUAAAACCCCCAUAAUUUUCCAGCCAUUGUGGCUGAGGAUAAUGGGAGUUGUAGUCCAACACUAGAUGCCCACAUUUGAGAACCCUUGGUGCAGACAGUUCUGGGCAAGGUGGAGCAGUUGAAUAUAAGCAGCCUCAUAUGUUUACACUUUGAAUUCUGGUCUGCAUCACAGUGAUGUUUUUAUGGUGGUUUAUACUUUGCUUAAAACAGAGUCAAGGCAAGUGAGUUGUUUCUUUGCUUUCAGUCGGUUUCAGCAUCUUGAUUGUGUAAACAAGGCCGGAAUUUGUGCAAGUUAAGUGGUUGUUAAAAUCUGAACUGAGAUGUAUAUUGCCCAGACAUUGGAAGAACAGGCUGUUGCUUUAGAAUCAGGGAUGUUUUUCAGGAGACUCAUUACAGAAAGUGACAGUCAUACCGUAAUGCAACAAAUAUGACAAAUAUUUAUAUACCGCUUUCCAACAAACAGUUCCCAAAGCAGGUUACAUAGAAACAAACAAACAAACAAAUAAAAUGGCUCCCUGUCCCCAAAGGGCUCACAAUCUAAAAAGGAAACAUAAGAUAGAUAUCAGCAACAGCCACAGGAGGGAUGCUGUGCUGGAGAUGGAUAGGGCCAGUUGCUCUCCCCCUGCUCAAUAAAGAGAAUCACCACUUUGUAAAGGUGCCUCUUUGCUCAGUUAGUAGGGGACCAUGAUGCAGGUAUCACAGAAGGAUGAAUGAGAGAAGGCUUGUGAAGCAUGUGAAUACUAACAGUGUUGUAUAAAUGAAUAUUAAUACUACUACUACUACUACUAAUGUGCUCAUAUCUGCUUCUGACAUUGCAAAGAAAUCAUGACUGAAGACAAAAGAAAAUCUAGUGAGCAGUUCACAUCCCGAAGAUUUUUUUUUAAGAAUCUAGAUAACAUUAGCAUUGAUUAAGUGCUUUAGAAUGUUCAAAGCACUUUGCAUGCAUUAUUUCAAUAGUCUUUACAACAGUCCUAGCCCUGUUCAGACGUUAUGUUGUGCAAGUAUACACGUGUACAUAUUUCUGUGUGAAUGGCUGUACCUGUUUUCAUUUUAAAUGUGAACCUGGGUACAGGUUCCUCAAACGCAUGGUACAGAUAGGAAAUAUACUGCUGUAUUUGUCUUCAACAUAAUGUGUGAAUAACUGUACUUGUGUACAGAUCUGUAUCUGUGCACACUGUACAUUUGUUGCAUGAGUGUUCAAUGUAACAUGUGAAUAGGGCUCCUGUAAGGCAGGUUAGCGUUAACCCUAGGUUGCAGAUGAGGCAAGUUGAGUCUGAGAGCUGGUGGCUUGUAUAAUGAGCUCAUGAUUGAUUUGAAGCUAGGAUUUGUUAGCUCUUACCCACUCCGCCACCUCUCAUCCAGUUUGGGUUGUGCCCAACGUCACUUGGGCAAAUGAUUUGGUCCUUUGAAAAAGUAUACCCAGUGCCGUUUGUUUUGUGUGGUGCCCAGAAUUCCACAUACAAAUCUGGUAUCUGGUGCAGGAUUUGGGUUCCUGAAAACUUCUCUCCCCCCAUUUUCCUAAUGUAUAGGCCUCAUGGUCAUGGCAAUAGAAAUUGAGGUAUAGCAAGGAUUAUAAGAUCAAAACCAGUUUACUACAUAUUAACCUCUCAUAUAGACUUAAAGGAUGCUAUUUAGAUUAUAAUACGCUUCAUACCCCAAACAAGGUGCCCUCUACCAGAGAUGCCUGAAAAUAUUGUUAAAAGAUUUUGUAAGUUAAAAAAAUUUGGAAGAGUGCCAGCAGUUGGCAUGAUCCAGUGUUUGCUGUGAUCAGACAGCUGUUGGUGUACAAGGAUUGCCCCCAUUUUCUUCUAUUUUGGCAAAUGGCCUGGUUCAUACAGUUCAAAUCUAGGUGUAAUCUGAGUUACUGACAUAAGCGUUGUUGUGUGAACCCAUGCCAAGGUGGGGAUCUCAGAUUCAUCUUGGUCCAUAAACCACCUUGGUGUGGGUUCACACAACCAUGCUAAUGUCAGUAACCCACAUUAUAUCUAGAUCCAAAUGAUUGUGUGAACCAGGCCUAUAUGUGUAAUAGGGAAUCUUUGCGGUGUGCAAAAAGUGGUUCUUAACUUGUGGAGCAAAAUAUCCACAAGGCAUCCUAUGCACUUGGCAGGGUCUCAGUUUACGUCAAAACUUCUGGAUUAAGCUAAAUAGUUUUGAAAGAUUCCUGUUGGGCAUGGGGGAGGAAAGGACAGAGCAGAACUGUGCAGCUAUUUACCCCAUUCUUAUGUCAUAAAUGUAUUUGAUUCAUUUGAUUUGCAUGUUCUGAGCAUUGGCUAUGGGUUUCCUUGGUGCAGAAUGUGAUACUUUCCUUUUUUUUGUUUACACCCCAUAGUAUGCCUACUAUCAUUAGUUAAUUGUUUUCAGGAAAUACAGAAAUAGUAUCAUGUGGUGCCCCAUUUACAGUGAGUUCUCUGUGGGUUAUUUGUUUGUUUGUUCUGCUUUUAUACCACACAUAUAUCCCCUAAAUGAAUUUUGUACUUUUUUAAAAUAAAAAACCCAAUGUUUUCUGUAUAUGUAUGUAUAUACAUAUAGAAAGAGAGAAAGAUAUCUGCAUGAUUAUAUCGUAAUAAACGUUCCAUUCUUAAAAACAAAGAAGAGUCUUGGCUGCUCUCCGAUGUUAUAUGCUUUGUCCAUAAUUAUUGUAUUAAACACAUUUCACAUGUAAAUAAAUCUGGGGCGUCAUUUCCCCCCGCCCCCUAAAUAAUUGUGAGAUUCUGUUAUUUAUUGACCAACUUAAUUGAUUUUAAACAUACGGGAGUAGACCUUCUAACCGUUCUUAUAAAUAUUCUAUCGGAAAUGAGAGUUCUCGCUGUUGGACAUUCCUAGAUCUUCGUUUCUCAUUGAUGACUAGUGAAUGCUUGUUGUUCCUCUCCCCUCCCCUUUGUACUCAUCAAGUGUUGGGUGGUUAUGGAGAACUUCUGGAUUCUAAAAACGAGCUGAGUAUGCGGGCUCCUGUUCUGCUUCCGCCAGUGAUGUGUACUAGCUUAUCACUGCCUUUAAAAAACAAACUGUGUACCUCUUUAAACCCUCACGCUUGUUGAUGUGCACUUUCUGACUUGUAUAACAAAUGGGUUGUCACUAUAUGCAGUGAUGGUGUGUUUUUGUACAGAGUGAAUGAAAUAAUAAAGGUUACCUUUUUAUUACGA